AUGCUUGAGAUACGUCUACGGCAAGCCAUCAAGAAAGUUUAUGACCCUCAGCUGCACCGUGAUUUGGAUGUUGAGAAGGAAAUUCUUGUAACGAGCGGCGCUAAUGAAGGUCAACACCCAGCGCUCACCGCUUUCCUGGAACAAGGGGAUGAAGUCAUAAUGUUUGAACCUUUUUUCGACCAGUACCUGGCUUCGGUCACGUUCAACGGUGGCGUUCCCAUCUAUGUUCCUCUGCAUUCUCCUGCCAACGCCUCUGGGAAGUUCUCGAGUGAUGAAUGGAAGAUAGAUCCCAAGGAACUUCGAGCCGCUAUUACCCCGCGCACGAAGAUGAUCAUCGUCAACACCCCGCACAAUCCUGUUGGAAAGGUUUUCACCAGGGCAGAAUUAGAAAUGAUUGCCUCCCUUGCUAAGGAACACAAUUUGUUGGUCAUGGCAGAUGAAGUGUAUGACACUCUUGUGUUCGAUGGAAAAGAACAUGUCCGAAUUGCAACCCUUCCAGGGAUGUGGGACUGCACCGUAACGGUUGGGUCUGCAGGAAAAAGCUUCGCCGCGACUGGCUGGCGUGUCGGUUGGCUUAUCGGUCCAGAAUAUAUCAUCAGGCCGACGCUAGCAGCCUCGACGCGUAUUGUCUUUUGCUCUAACUCUCCGUUACAAGAAGCUGCUGCUGCAGGCCUUGAGCAAGUGCAAGAAUGCAAAUUCUUUCAGACUCAGACAGCAGAAUAUGCUGAACGACGAAAAGUCUUGACAGAUUGCUUUGACACACUUGGGCUUUCGUACACCAAUCCGGAAGGGAGUUACUUCAUUCUUCUGGAUAUCUCCAGGGUGGAAUUUCCUGAUGACUAUGCCUUCCCUCAGAGUGUGCUUGGAAGAGGUCGAGACUUCAAAGCUUGUUGGUUCAUCGCUCUCGAAGUGGGUGUUUCAUCCAUCCCAGUUAGCGAGGAAAGCUUCCCGCACUCUCGAGAAUCUGAAGGCUGGAGCUCUUGA